AUGCCAUCAGUUCCUCCUGAAACCACCGGAGCCAUCAUGAAUGCAAAGGUCUUCAUCCUCCUCGGCCUGAGAGAUAUUUAUAUAGCCUCAGCACAGCUCAUGAUGUUCCUGGUCUUCCAGGAAUCGUUCGAGUCCGGUGAGGCCAGAUACGAAUUUGACUGGGCUGUCAAACACGACGACUCCGACAACGACUUCGGCCACCAGGAAGCCCGCAAUGGAGACGACACUCAGGGAUCCUACUACGUGCAGCUCCCCGACGGCCGCCUACAGACCGUCAGGUACGUCGUGGACGGCGACAACGGCUACGUGGCCGAAGUGAACUACGAUGGCGAGGCACGUUACCCCGACUCCAAUGAAUCAAAAUAA